GUUGACCGUUUUCUUCAAAAAAAAAAAAACAAACUUUUAUUUCGUUUAGUAUUAGUAUUUAGCUUGUAACACGUCCUACUAUUCGUUCAGUAAGAGAUCCGCACUUGUUGGCGUUGUAUCGUCUGUAUAAUAGCGAAAUCUCUCAAGUCGCAUUUAUAGCAUUAAAAAAAGCAACAAAAAAAACAAAAAUAAUAAAAAAAUAAACAAGUUCGAAACGAAAUACAAAAAAAAAAAGUAGAAAAAAGCUUUUGCCUCCCUUUUUUUUUGUUAUGAAAUACACAGAGCCUAACAAGUUUUCACUCAAAUACUAACCGUUGUACUGUGUGUACUGUGUGCUCUGGGCUGUGCUAAGUUUUAGUUUGUGGACUUUAAACCUAAUUUAAAGUUUAAAACGCUAGAAACCUAGCCAAUCUAUAUAUUCUAUCUAAUCUAAACAAAUGCAAUUUACGAAUUAAAAAACAAAAUCAAGAGUGUGAUUUAGUUAUUGAGAAGAAUUUAAACAAAUUAAAUUGAAUUAAGAAAAAUUUAUGCUUGCUCGUAAUUUUCUUAAAGUGCGUUCAUUUGUUUUUGUUUUGUAUAUCUCGCUGAUUUUUUGUUUUGAAAUCAAGUGCAAUUUUUUGUUUUUUUAAUGAUUUUGCAAUAAAUCAUUUCUUCUAAGAGAAACAAAAAAAAAAGUGAUCUUUGAUCAUCUCUGAGUGAGAGUGAAUGAGCGGUGGAAAAUAUCCUAACCUCCAGUAUUUUUUGAAAAAUAAUAAAUAAAGUACUUUAACGGAAGUAUUUUUGUUUCUGUACAAAUAAAAAGUUAGAUAUUCCCAUUUAUUGUUAAAAACUUCACACAUACAUUUUUUUAUUCAAGAAGUAUUAAAAAAAAAGUGAAAGCAUGCUCUUUUGAUCAUUAUCUCUUAAAAAAAAAAACUGAAAACGAGCACGAAAGUUAGUUAAUACGAUACAGAUAACAAACACUACUCUUAUCUGUCAACUGUCAAUCUUUAGAGUCUAAACUUUAGAACCGAUUCAAAGAGUACGAGUAACAUCAUCAAUGUUUAUGGAUUAAAAUUUAUGUUUUUUUCCCCGUUACGUCAUUUUAAAGUUACCCACAGCAGCUGUUUAAAUAAGUUACAAAUUACUUCGUUAACAAAAACAAAAAUAAGUCAACCAGCUUCAAGCUUGAAAACAAAUAAAAAUAAAAUUCAAGUAAAAAAUGGAAUAAUUGAAAAACACCAAUUUUUGAAAAUAAAGACCGACAAAAACUCUCUCGUAUUCGAAAACAAACCAAAAUAAUUUUAUUUAUUCGAAUACUGUCUUCUUAAAAAGAAUCGAUAAAAAGUCUACGUUAAUACUCUAUAAAAAUUAAAAAAAUGAACAGCUUGGUUAAAGUAUUUAGUAACUUCAAGGAGUUCUAUAGUGAAAUAAAUGGAGCCACCCUAACAGGAGCUAUUGACGUAAUUGUUGUCGAACAACCAGAUGGUGAAUUUCAAUGUUCUCCAUUUCAUGUGAGAUUUGGAAAAUUAGGUGUUCUAAGAAGUCGCGAAAAAGUGGUUGACAUUGAAAUCAAUGGUGAGCCAGUUGAUAUUCAUAUGAAAUUAGGCGAAUCCGGCGAAGCUUUCUUUGUUGAAGAGUGUGCCGAAGACGAUGUUGAAGAGCUGCCAGACAAUUUGGCAACAUCACCCAUACCCAGUGAUUAUUUCCCCAACAAAUACACUGAUGUUGAUAUCGACGAUGCCGAUGAAAAAGCCAAAAAAGCUAGUGAAGACAUACCGAUGUCCUUGCCAUUGCCAAGACGAAAUUCAAUUGAUUUUUCCAAAGAGAGCACUAAAGAAGACACCGUGCCCAAAUAUGAGAAUCAAGUUUCUGACUUUAGCCAUAGGAGGCACACUGACAAUGUCUUGGAACGCCGUAACUUAAGUGAGAAAAUUAAGGAAUAUACUACACAAAAAAUUCGGCAAGAAUGGGCUGAACACGAGGAGCAAAUAUUCCAAUUUGAUGUCACCGAAAAGAAUGAUUGGAGCAACAGUACACUGAGACUGGAAGAGCCUUCUUCAAAAUCCUUACCUGUUGAGUUGAAGUUGGAAUCUGUUACCUCAGAGCAGGAUAAGCAGCAACAGAAGCCUGAAAUUGCAACAAUAAAAUCACUAACAACUGAACCAGCUGAAACAAUUAAAACCGAAUCAGCUACAACAGCACCUACAACCAAAGAAGCAACAAGUGCUAUAGUUACUGACCUACGCACUGAUAGUAUUAAGGAAGAAUCAAAGAGCAAAAAGAAACGACGCAAGAAGUCUCAAAUGAAAAAGAAAAAUGCCCAGCGUAAGAGUUCAUCGAGUAGUUCGGUUGGCAGUGCCAUUCAAUUGGAAACCAAUGAAGUCGAACCCGAUGCGGUUUCAAUGUCAAACAAUACCAAUUCAUCGAAUGACGAAUCACCUACAAAAACUGACGAAACCAGUGAGACUAUUGCUCCAAGUCCGAUAAGUGAAUAUCAGACUAGUCCCAUAACACCAUCAUCUCGUAUUCAAGAUUUAGAUAUACAUUUCUUUAGCGACACUGAAGUUGCAUCGACAGGAAGUCGCGCUGGUCGCCCCAGUACCCCAAUACAAAGUGACAGUGAAUUGGAGAUUUCGAUGCGAGAGAAAGACACAGAUGCGGACAUGAAUUCGGCUUCGUGGAAAUGGGGAGAAUUGCCCACACAAACUGAUGAUCAAAAAGACAUUCAACAGGGUCAAAGGAAUUCCAUGCUAAGUGGCAUGUUUAAUUUUAUGAAGAAGACCAAUAAGAUGCGUAAGAAUGCAACUGAUGGUGGAGUUUAUUUGUCGGAAUUGGAUGCCGAGGGUAUGGACCCAGAAAUGGCUGCUAUGUAUUUCCCUUUGAUUAAAGACAAUACAAUAAUUGGAAAUGAAGAUGAUAGGGAAAGUGGAAAUGGUACAAGUCUUCCACAUAGCCCAAGUUCGAUGGAAGGACCUAAAAGCUUGGAUUCUGAUUAUGAGGAUGGAAAAUUACCUCAGGAUCCAAAAUAUUUGGACUUUGUUGCAAUGUCAAUGUGCGGUGGAAUUGAAAAGGGUGACCCUUCGGAUGAAGAAUUUGACAGGAAUUUAAUUAAAUAUUCAGACGUCUGCCAAAAUCCAAGCCUGUUUUCCUCGCCAAAUUUAGUUGUUCGUUUGAAUGGUAAAUACUACAGUUGGGCUGCUGCAUGCCCCAUCGUCAUGACUAUAAUCACAUUUCAGAAGCCCUUGUCUAACGAUGCAAUUGAGCAACUCAUGAACAAUUCUAAAAUUGACAAUGCAAAAGCUGAAGGUGAAGUCGAAGGCAAUACAUCGGGUGGUGUUAAUGCUACUGCAGCCAAACGUUCAUGGUGGUAUUGGCGUCGUCCUGCUACAGGAAGUUCUGGUAAUUUGAAAAAUCCCAAAUUAGAUUCAAAGGACGAAGAAAACAAAGCUUUAGGAUUAGAUUCGGAUCAAGCUGCUGUGGCAACACAAACAUCUCGUCCAACCUCACCUGAUGUCAGUAUGAGUGAGAAUACUCUAAGCAAAACAGAAGAUUCCACUCUAAAUGCCGAAAACACUUCAGCGGCUGUUGAUAACGAUGAGCUCUCUCAAGAAUCCAUGUCAUCAACCAAAUUGGCUCUUAAAAAUGAAAAAUUCAAAAAAAGUUUAAGACUUAGCUCUGAAGCUAUUAAACAAUUAAAUUUAAAAGCAGGAAUGAAUGAAAUUGAAUUUAGUGUGACAACGGCUUAUCAAGGUACAAGUCGUUGCAAAUGCUAUUUAUACCGCUGGAAACACAGUGACAAAGUAGUCAUUUCGGAUAUCGAUGGAACUAUCACAAAAUCAGAUGUUCUGGGUCAUAUUUUGCCAAUGGUUGGCAAAGAUUGGGCACAAUUGGGUGUUGCGCAAUUGUUUUCGAAAAUUGAAGAAAAUGGCUACAAAUUACUGUAUUUAUCAGCGCGAGCUAUUGGUCAAUCGCGAGCUACUCGCGAAUACUUGCGAUCAAUUCGUCAAGGUGAUGUUAAAUUACCUGACGGACCAUUACUUUUAAAUCCUACUUCAUUGAUCUCAGCUUUUCAUCGUGAAGUAAUUGAAAAGAAACCUGAACAAUUUAAAAUUGCUUGUUUGUCUGAUAUACAAGCAUUGUUUCCUGAAAAGAAUCCUUUCUAUGCUGGUUAUGGAAAUCGUAUUAAUGACGUUUGGGCGUAUAGAGCAGUUGGAAUUCCUAUUAUGAGAAUAUUUACCAUAAACACUAAAGGAGAGCUGAAACAUGAACUCACACAAACAUUCCAAUCAUCUUACAUCAAUCAAUCACUGGAAGUGAAUGAAUAUUUCCCACCAAUCGAACGUGAUGAUAGCGAUUUAGAUGAAGAUUAUGACUGUGUAUCGGGCGAUGAAGACGAACUACAAUUCAGUCAAACCGAUGUAGAAGAAGAUUUAAAUGAUGUUUUCGACGAUGAUAAUUUUAAAACAGCAGAAAACGUUUAAAAGACAAAAAACAAAAAAAAAAACCAAAGUGCAAAGCGGAAUGACGACGCUAAUCAAAAAAUCAAGUCCAAUAAGUACCUUGAGAAAUACAUACAUAUAUGAAGAAGAAGCUAAACAAAAAUAAGAUUGAAUGUUAUAAAAUUAAGGAUAAACAAAAAUCGUAUUGUUGCAGUAUAAGCGGAUAACAAAAUGUGUUACUUAAAUGUGAUAUGCAUUACUUGUUAGGAUUAAGUUUAAAUUUUAAAUUUAGUUUAGACAAAAAAAAAAAACCUUAAGUGAUUGUAUUUUUUUCUCUGUGCAAUAAUUGUUGUUUUAUGUGAACGUAUAUAUUUUUUAAAGAAUGUUUUGUUAAGUCAACAAAAAAAAGCAAUCCAAUAUGUUUUUGGUAAGGUGAUAGAGAUUUAUUUGAAAAUAAAUGAAGGAGAUUUUCAUUUUUUGUUAAA